AUGCUCGGCAGCGAGAGGUGUUGGGAGGCUAUGGUAUCCUUUUGCGAGAUCGUAAUCUCGCAGAAGGAGGCUGCGGCGCGCUCCAUAGAGGACGACCCCCUCUCUGACCCGCUUCGUAGGUUUGGGUUCAAACUUAAAGUUCACGUAGAUUGUCCUAAUUAUCCUAGUGGGCCUUUCGGUGGUUACGAGCAUGCAGUCUACUUUAUCUACUCAUCGUCGUUUCUAAUAGCAAGGGUCAUUUUGACAACACUUUUUGCAUCCAGUGUACACACAGCUUCUUUGAACAUCGGUCCUGAGUUAUAUGAAGUGCCUUCAUCAGCAGGCAACGAGAUAAACAGAUUUAUAGAGCAAGUGCAUGGGGAAACAGUGGCGUUGACGGGGUACCGGUUCUUUAAUAUGACAAGAGGAAUUGUUCUUAGCAUUGCCGGCACGAUUGUUACCUACGAGUUGGUAUUGAUGCAAUUUAAUGGAUAA